AUGCUACCAUAUCGUCUGCGCCAGAUAAUUGAGACAACGCCAAAGAAUUCAUUGGCCCUGAUCUCACACAGUGACAUUGGUCGGGUCAACAACGCAAAAUCUCAUCUGGAAACAUAUACUGAGUAUCUUUGGGAUUGGUGGCCAUUGGCACCGCGAAUUCCUAAACUGGCCACCGGGGAACAACAUCUUCAGUGGAAGCUCGGCAGGAGGAAGCUAUACGUGAGAGUUCUUCAGGAGCAUGCUGAGGCUGUAAGGGAGAUUUUGAAAAUAGCCGCCGAUCAUCCACUCAAGUGUCAUUGCUGUACGGCAAAACCGCCAAGAGCAUCCUGCAUGGUGCUGAGAAGCAUCUUCAGACCAGUAUUGGGCUUGUUAGAACAUAAUAAGCAAAGAAGCGCCUCAUCCGGAAGCUCCUCUUCCAAGGCAGCUAUGGCUUACACGCCAACAUCCAACAAUACGUCAGGAGCCUCAUCUUCUAAUAUAUCAUGUGGCCCAACGGCCCCCUCGCCAACGACACAGCCAGCACCCACACGAAUCAUUUUUGGAGUCCAAGGUCUAAGAAAAUCUCUUGAAAUCGAACAAAUCGAAAUUUGCAGCCAGAUGAAUGACCAAAUCUUCUUCCUAGAACUCAAAAAGCGCUAUAAGAAACAUCGUCUAAUGGUUUCAAGAUGGCUUUCACCUUUUCAGUUUCACCACUGCGAUUUCGUCAGAUUCCGAAAAAUCAGCGUUGAUCGAGUCUUCUUCUCUUGCGAGGGGCUCCCAGAAGACAUAGUGGUUGCCAAUGAGUACGAAUACGAUCCGAAACCGCCGCUGGGAAAGAUACCACUCAUAGAACCUGACGUGUUCGCCGCAUGUCUAGAUUCUUGCGACGACGGCUGCAAAUGGUCAGUCCUUGGACCAUGGCUACACGACUGCUUUCAGCUGCAGCCCGACAAGGAAAGAAUAACCUGCAUACCGAAAAAGAAGAAGGAGUUUGCUGUGAAAUCCAAGUACGAUGCGGAGAAUCUUGUGUGGGGUAUCCAGCCCGGGUAUGCUGUGUCUCUUGUCAUGAUUCUCAUUUACGCUCUCGUUCCGUUGUUGUCAGCUUUCGGCUUCUGGAUAUAUUGGUUGGCACACCAUCCAGGGGACUGGCAAAAUGCUUCAGUCCCGAUGGUAACUGCAGUGACCCUUGAGACACUUCUUUUGUCACUGCUGGUGCUCAGUUCGAGGUCGCAUUUGCGCGAUGAACGGCGUUGA